AGAGUGGGCGAGGCUUUGAAUCAAAAUGGCUGCCUAUGUUCACAGCAAGAUGUCUGGUGGCUUGGCUGGUGGAAAGGGCUACCAAGACCUUCUGGACCAGAUAUUGUCAAAAUAUAAGAAAACAGAACUUAAGGAAGCACUAGAAGCCUUCCUGACAUCAUCUCUUGAUGAAAGAUUGAGUCUUGUUGAUGCCAAAUCCGUCCUGUCUUUCUUUGCUGAGAGAAUCCCGAAAAUAGGCAAAGACAUUGUAAAGGAUGUCUGUCACUUUACACUAGCAAGCAUUCAACCUAGAAUAGUUUCCUUUGAAGAGCAAGUACUGUAGCGGCUCCAUGCAGUGUGUGUUAAUGCACCAAAUAUUAGUGUAAAUUGAUUAAUUAUAAUUUAAAACUAGUCAUUGAAGUAGAAAAAAAUGUAUUAAUGGUA